AUGGCCAUUGCCAUGUACGGCUAUAGUUGGCUCAAACCCCCUGGGUGUGCCAAGACUAUGCUGGGGAGACAUGAGGAAGAUGUUGAAAGGGAGGAAGUCGAAAGGCAAUUGAGAGAGGUGGAACUUCAGGAGAGGUACGCCCAAGAGGCGGAGGAGCAGGAAAGAUUGGCAAGGCUUAACGAGAUGGGCGAGGGCGAAGGAGAGGAAGGCGAGCGGGAUCUGGAUGAGGAUAUUCCGGACGCUGACGAUAUGGACGGGGAGGGAGAAGAAGAAGGAGAAAGUGACGAGGGAGAUCUGGACGAAGGUGACGAGGCCGAGGAUGACGACGCGAUGCAAGCCGAUCUUGACGACGAAAUUCCAGACGCGGAUGACCAGGACGAUGAGGACGAAGAUGAUGAACCAAUGUCACCCGAUCCAACGGGCGCCGAUGGAAACUGGGUCUACGAUACCCGUCGUGAGCCUGAUACUGACGAUGAAGAACAAUUACCCCAACCGCAUCUAGUCUCUCGCCGUCCCGCGGGUCGUCCUCCCGCUGAGAGACAUGGUAGGCAAGCGACAGUUGCUGGUGUGCGUCUCCCCAUUUCAGGAAGUGAUUAUGACUACGAUGAGCGUGAAGCCGAAGAUUUAGCGGACGCCAUGCUCGCUCAAGACGGGAUCUAUGACGACCACGGCAUUGGAAGAAGCAGCGGUGUCAGCGUUGAGCAUGAUCUGGAUGACGAUGUCCCUGAAGCAGAUGACGAGCAAAUCUGGGAACAUACGGACACCGAGCUCGAGGAGAGUGAGAUGGAUAUCUCUGUCCUUCCCGGUCAAGGUCAGGGUACGAUUGAUAUGGUUCAAGCUCAAGGUCUACAACCCCCUCGCAGUUCCGGUCGCAUUUCAGCACCACGCAGUUCCGGACCCUGGAUUACAGGGCCGUCCCCCUCGCCUCAGGCACAUGGAGAGAUUGUCACCCGGCGUGAAGUGCAUGCUAGGCCGACUCCCGAUGCUGCCAUACGCGCCGCAAGAAUAGUAUCGGGGAAUCGGCAACGCCAUUAUCAUCGCGGACUCCCGAGCACGCGACUUCAACUCAACCAAACGCCAGCAAUGUUGGACAGUCCACUGAAUGUUGACGAGGAAGAAGUUGACACGGAUCUCGAAUUCGAUACACCUGAUUCAUUUGCCGCUCCUAGGAAUCCGAGAGAGGGAGCUGCUGGCCGGGUAGCCCGACCAGAGCCUAUGGGCAGGGAUGAUACAGCACAGCCAGAAACGGGUAAUAACGCCAACUUAAGCCCAAGUCGGGCAGCAGCAGCGCGUAAUUGGCUCGACGGGGCAGCAGCAGCAGUUGUUGGAGGGAGCGGGAGUGCAAGGAGAACGUUAUUUCAACGCGCGGCUAGGAGAAGAAACAAUGUUGACCCUGACACUGCCGCAAGCUCUGGCCCUGCGCAGGCAGCCCCGAGUGCUGCGUCAAGCGGCGGACUGUUCACACCCUCUCCUCACAGCGGUGGCGCCGGUUCUGGUCGCCCUCAGGAUCGCCCGCGGGCAGCAGCACUAGAUUGGGACACACCUGUGAAUACUACCGCGAAUGCAAAUGCGACCGAGGGAUCGUCGAGUCAGAAUCAGGACCAAAGAGGACGGGGGCGACGAACGGGCCGGUUUCUGGGUGCCCGAAGACGAGCAGAAUGA